CCGAAGGGGUGAGGCGGAAGUGGCGGCGCCGGGCCCCGGGAGUAGGAAGGAUCCGGGGCUGCAAGCGGAGAGGAGCGGCUGGCAGCCGAGGAGCAGGCGCGGGCCGCGGCGCCAUAUUGCGGCCCUCUGUGGCCGCGAGCGAGUCAUGGCCGAGACCUACGACUUCCUCUUCAAAUUCCUGGUGAUUGGCAGUGCAGGAACUGGCAAAUCAUGUCUCCUUCAUCAGUUCAUUGAGAAUAAGUUCAAACAGGACUCAAACCACACAAUCGGCGUGGAGUUUGGAUCCCGGGUGGUCAAUGUGGGUGGGAAGACGGUGAAGCUACAAAUUUGGGACACGGCUGGCCAGGAACGGUUUCGGUCAGUGACACGGAGUUACUACCGAGGGGCGGCUGGAGCCCUGUUGGUAUAUGACAUCACCAGCCGGGAGACGUACAACUCGCUGGCCGCCUGGCUGACCGAUGCCCGCACCCUGGCCAGCCCCAACAUCGUGGUCAUCCUCUGUGGCAACAAGAAAGACCUGGACCCCGAGCGUGAGGUCACCUUCCUGGAGGCCUCACGUUUCGCCCAGGAGAACGAGCUGAUGUUCCUAGAGACCAGCGCACUCACAGGCGAGAAUGUGGAGGAGGCCUUCCUGAAGUGUGCCCGGACCAUCCUCAACAAGAUCGACUCUGGUGAGCUUGACCCCGAGAGGAUGGGCUCGGGCAUCCAGUAUGGUGAUGCUUCUCUGCGCCAGCUGCGGCAGCCGCGGAGUGCCCAGGCUGUGAGCCCUCAGCCCUGUGGCUGCUGAGCUGUGUGGAGCCAAGCUCACCUGUUCUCCAGGACCAGCCCUGCCCUUCUGGCGGGGCCCCUGAUCCGGGCCCCAGGAGGCCGUGUCCCAACUGCCCUGGCCCCAGAGAAGCUGCCCCGCCACCUGUCCCCCCUUCCCUGGCCUGGUGGGGCCUGGCUUUGGGGCAAGACUGAGCCACAGGGGGGAAGGGGAAAUUCAUACCUGCUGCUGCUUCCUCUGUCUUGGCUAACCUCUGUCCCUCCGCGCCCCCAACCCUGAAUCCCUAACCAGUACCACAAGAGCUCCCAAAGCCUGAGACCAGGGCUGUCCGGCCCCCACUCACCACCUGGCCCUGCUGUUGCGAGUAUGUGUUAUUUAUUACCCGGAGGCCUGCCCCCUCCCAACUGGACCCCCAUAAAGCAUUGUUUACA